GACCCCGCAUUCACUAUAUCUGGUCUCCCCGGACCCCGCAUUCACUAUAUCUGGUCUCCCCGGACCCCGCAUUCACUAUAUCUGGUCUCCCCGGACCCCGUAUUCACUAUAUCUGGUCUCCAGGACCCCGCAUUCACUAUAUCUGGUCUCCCCGGACCCUGCAUUCACUAUAUCCGGUCUCCCCGGACCCUGCAUUCACUAUAUCUGGUCUCCCAGGACCCUGCAUUCACUAUAUCUGGUCUCCCCGGACCCUGCAUUCACUAUAUCUGGUCUCCCUGGACUCCGCAUUCACUAUAUCUGGUCUCCCCAGACCCUGCAUUCACUAUAUCUGGUCUCCCCGGACCCUGCAUUCACUAUAUCUGGUCUCACACAGACCCUGCAUUCACUACAGUU